AUGCCUAUCGCCGUCCCCGAAAAGAUUGAACCGAUGACUCCCAUCAAAACUCUGAGCGCGGAAAAGAAGGAAGGGACCGGAGUUGAGGGGCCCGCUGAGGUCAAGGUCGAGAUGAACAAAGCAGACGGCAUCAAGGUUGACGAGGUGGACCUCAAGGAUGACAAAAAGGAUGGAGCCGACAAACCACCUGUACCGGACAAGGCUUUCGAGGACUUGUUUCAUCCAUCUAACGUUCCCAAGCCUCAGCAAGUUCCAAUCACCCGUCGUCGGCCUGAAGCAAUCCAGUUUGACAGUCUCGGAGAGGUAGUUCAGCGAUACGAAGCGCAUCUUCUCAUCCCGAUCAAGUCGUACCCUCUGAUCAACUGGCGAACCGCCCUUCUGGGCACGGGAGAGGGUUUGCAGCCGAUCACCUGGAUCGAGCGCGAGACUGGAGCAGCGGUCUUGAUCAGGACGAUGAAACGCUCCAUUCACCGAAAGCCCGCUCCAUUCGGGCUCGCUGGGCUGAGCGGAGCCAUGUCCGACAACUCGCCCGAGCUCAAAAGGCUCGAGGACGCCCUUCUCGCCGUCCAGAACAAGAUCGAACCCCCCAAGCAACCGUUGGGCACCAACGCUCCGCCUUCGCCGGACGCAUCGAACAUGCCCUUGCCGCCCACCCCGAAGCCGGACGAGAACCCCAACGGCCGUCUGCUUCCCAACGCUCCCGACAUGAGGCUCAAGGUGACUGCCGGAAACUCUGGACCGGUCACCCCGCCGACCAAGUCUCCUACGAUGGGCAAGGGUGAAAAGGCCGAUGCCGAAAAAUCAACCCACAUGAUGCCACUUGGUCAGAACAUCAGUCCUCCUCAGAACCGAGCCGGUCUGGGCGCGGUCGCUGAAGCGCCUGAAGCCGAAGAGGUCAAAGCUAUGGAAGUCGAUGGCAAGAACAAAGGGGAUACAGUUGUCGCUGCCGCAGCUGUCGAUGCUGAGGCUCCUCCCUCUGUUCCUCUCCCGGGGUUCAAGUCUGACUUGCUGAACGAGCCUCCCAAGAGGACGGGUGCGGUCGGGGAAGAGAUUGGUCUGCACUGCUGGGUGAUCGGCAUCCUUCCCGAGGAGGUCGACAUGGCCGUCGAGAAGCUUCAGGCCUUGUUUGACGAAAAGAUUCGUAUGUUUGAAGAGUGGGCUCGUGAGAAUGAGUUCGACCCGGCUUGGUUUGACGAAGAGAGCGACAGUGAGGAUGACGACGAGGACGAGGACGACCAGGAAGAUAACGAAAAGAAGGGAGAGGGGAAGAAAGAAAUCAAGGAGACGGAAGCCAAGCCGAAUGCUGAUGUCGAGAUGAAGGAGCCUACGCCUGAGGUUGCUGCCGUCGGAGCCUAA